GACGGGUUGAGAUGGAGAGCAGCGACUAUCGAGUGAUGAGUGAGAGAAUUAGAGCCAUAGGGAGGGUUGUAUUUCUGAUUUUCAAUAUUUAAGACUACUUAAUAUUUAUGCUGUUUUCGUGAUUUGUAGGAGGACUAUAUAUAAGCAAUGCAUGCAACAACGAAACAAACCACAAAUGAAACCCUUGUUAUUCUCCCAACGAAUAUGGACCGACACAUUUUCAAACCAACAAAUCCUCAAACUCAACCACAAACUCACACACCUCACAAAAACAAACCAAUUCUACGAAUCCCUCAAACUCUUCACCAAAAUCCACUCUUCUCAUAAACCAGAUCACUGCACUCUCUCAACCACCAUAACCGCCACCUCGAAAACCCGUCAUGUCACCGUUUUUGGUAACCAGCUUCACUCAUUUGCCAUUAAAACCGCCCUCAAAGCCUAUUCCCAUGUCGCGAAUUCGCUACUCUCGCUUUACGCGAAAGCUCAUGAUCUUGUUUCUGUUGAGUUAGUUUUUGAUGACAUUCAAUGCCCAGAUGUUUAUUCUUGGACAACGGUUCUAUCUGCUAUUUCUAGAUUAAGUGAUAUUGAUUAUGCACUCCAUGUGUUUGAUAAAAUGCCGAAGUGUUAUGUUGCAGUUUGGAAUGCUAUUAUUACUGGGUGUAGUGAUAAUGGAUGUGAAGAUGUUGCUUUUAGGUUGUUGAAAGAUAUGUUUAGGAUGAAUGUUAGGGGUGAUAAUUACACGUUUGCGACAAUGUUGAGUUUGUGUCCUUUAUCAGAGGGUUUGGAUUACGGAAGACAUGUUCAUUCUGUGGUUGUGAAAAGUGGGUUUUUGGAUUGGACUUCUGUAGUUAAUUCUCUUAUUACUAUGUAUUUUAAUUGUGGUUGUGUUGUGGAUGGUUAUAAGGUGUUUGAGGAAAUGGAAGGAGGGGUUCGCAAUCAUGUUACGUAUAAUGCGAUGAUUGAUGGUUUUGUGAGCGUGGAGAGAUUUGAAGAUGCUUUUUUGAUGUUUAGGGAUAUGCAUAGGGGUAGUGUUUGUUUGAGUGAAGUUACUUUUGUGAGUGUGUUGAGUUCUUGUUGUUCUUUGAGAGUUGGGUGUCAAGCACAAGGUUUGGCGAUUAAGAUGGGGUUUGAUUGUGGUUAUACUGCUGUUAAUAAUGCUACAAUGACCAUGUAUUCUUUCUUUGGGAAGGUGAAUGAGGCUCGAAGUGUUUUUGAGAUAAUGGAAGAAAGUAGGGAUCUUGUUUCGUGGAAUGUAAUGGUUUCGAUGUUUUUUCAAGAGAAUAUUAAUGAGGACGCAAUCUUGACCUAUAUAAAAAUGAGGAGGGAAGGAAUUGAACCGGAUGCGUUUACUUAUGGAAGUCUGCUAUCUGCUUCAGACUCUCUUCAAAUGGUGGAGAUGAUCCACUCCGUCCUUUGCAAAAAUGGGCUUAACAAAGUUGAAGUUUUGAAUGCAUUGAUUUCUUCGUACUCUAGAAAUGGACAGAUAAAGCGAGCUUUUCAAAUCUUCUCUGAUCUUGCCUAUAAAAGUUUGAUAUCAUGGAAUAGUAUCAUAUCUGGGUUCGUUUUAAAUGGAUACCCAAUGCAAGGGUUAGAGAAAUUCUCUGCAUUACUUAAUACACAUCUCAAGCCAAAUGCUUAUUCCCUCAGUCUAGCUUUGAGCAUUUGUUCCUGCACUCCAGACAUGGAUCAUGGGAAACAGGUUCAUGGUUACAUACUACGACACGGUUUUGAUUCAGAAAUUUCACUGGGUAAUGCCCUGGUGACGAUGUACUCCAAAUGUGGAUUUCUAGACAGGUCAUUGAGUGUAUUUAAUGAAAUGGUUGAAAGAGAUACAAUCACUUGGAAUGCUAUCAUAUCUGCUUAUUCACAACACGGACAAGGCAAAGAAGCCGUGCAUUGUUUUGAGGCGAUGCAAAUCUCCCCUGGAAUCAAACCAGACCACGCUACCUUUACUGCCGUCCUUUCAGCUUGCAGCCAUUCAGGUUUAGUUGAUGAUGCUACCCGUAUUUUUGAUAUCAUGGUGAACAUUUAUGGAUUUGUGCCAAGUGUGGAUCAUUUUUCUUGCAUAGUUGAUCUUUUAGGUCGCAGCGGUUACCUCGAUGAGGCUGAAAGAGUAGUUACAGAUGGAUAUUUUGGAGCACAUCCCAAUAUGUGCUGGUCAUUGUUCAGUGCUUGUGCAGUUCAUGGUAAUUUAACACUAGGAAGAAAGGUUGCGAGACUUCUCUUAGAAAGGGAACAGAACAACCCAUCAGUUUAUGUGCUUUUAGCAAAUAUUUGUGCAGAAGCAGGCCAGUGGGAAGAAGCAGCUAAACUGAGAGAUAUGGUGAAACAAUUUGGGACGACAAAGCAGCCUGGCUGCAGCUGGAUAUCAACCUAGGACUUGCAAGAUAUAGGUGUUUGUAAAUGUAUAAGUAUGAGCAAAAUGCGAUGUAGUUAGUGUACAUAGUUUAAUUUCGAAUACGCUUAACAGAAGAGGAUGAUGUGAUAUGAAAGAUAUAUUCCAAAGUGGAGUUCCUGUGCUUGACUAAAAGCUGGCUAAAGUGCUGGUUUUUAUUUCGCUCUUGGCAUCAAAGGUGAAUGUCAAUGAGUUGUUACUAUUCUCUGUUAUUUGUACUUUACUGGAAGUAAUACUGUAAUAGGACAUCCAUGACCAUGCAUAUUAUCUUUA